AUGCCGUCGCGCGUACGCCGGACUUCAAGUAACCUCGAUCAAUCUUCAACUCGGAAUUCCACGAAUCUUCCUUUAAGGAAGCCCCAAUCACCACCAAUUCCUAUCUGGAAUCCCUAUUAUCAUCUUCACACAACCCCCAACCUCUCCGACCUCGUCCGGUCUAAGUGGAAUCCAAUCCAACUCCGCCGCACCUAUCAAUUCCAACACCUCAAAAGGCACCCAAACACCCUCAAUCCUCCCUACUCCAAAAUGAGCUACUUCCGGGUCCAACUCCUCCGCUCCGCAAUCGGUCUCCCCCGCCGCUCAACAGACGUUCUCAAGGCCCUCGGCCUGAAGAAGCGCAUGGGCAUCGUCUUCCACCGCGUGUCUCCGUCCGUCGCCGGUCAAAUCAUGAAGGUUAAAGAACUUGUUUCCGUUCAGGAAGUCGACCGCGCUCUUACCCAGCAAGAAGUUCGUUUGGAGCGGAAACCGGAUCCCGGUUAUUAUGUUGAGAAGAGUGGUGUUGCUGAGCGGGCUGAGUUGAGUGGGCAGUGA